AUCAAACUCCCCAAAAAUGCGAAUUUAUCUCUGAAAAAGUUACUUCAUACCCUUAUCCCAAAAAAGAACAAUUUGUUAGCAAAGAUAUUUAUAAUGAAGAAAAACGUCUUCGUAAAAAAUUUGAAAGACAGAUUGAAGAGAUUAAUGAAGCGUCUCUUCAAAACAUCAGCAGAUUACAAGAAGUUAUUGAAGAGAAGAAUAAUUUUAUCGACAAAUUACUUGAAGAAUUCAGAUGGCUUGAAGCAUAUUAUGGUUCAAGCUUUCAGCAUGCCAAAUGGGUUCCAGUGGACAACACUGAUAACCAAGAGGCUUUUGUUGAUAAUGUUGAUGACCAUGAGAUCUCAGGUACUGAGAAUAAUGAUUCAGAUGUUGAUUUUGAUCCUUUUAAACUUCCUGAAAUUCUUGAGGACGAAUAUUAUACUUUUGAGGAAUUUGAUUAA